AGGGAGCCACCGCCUCAUGAUGCAGUCGGUACAGAUUUUGACCUUGGCCCUUCUGGCCCUAAGAGCAUGGGCUGCUCAGAAUUCAAUAGAGAAGGCUGGGUACUGCCCAGACUUCCGCCAGGUCUCAUCAGACAUAGCUGACUGUAAACAGAUGUGUCACAAUGAUGCCAGCUGCCCCCGAAACCUGAAAUGCUGCCAACGAGGCUGCAGCUGGCUAUGUAUCAACACCACCCAAGAGAAGGAUGGUAUGUGCCCCAUGGCAACCUCUCCUUCUUCCUCCUCCUCCUCUGAGGAGCAAUGGCGCAAUCGGCUUUGCAAUGAGACAUGCAGGACCGACCUGGACUGUGAUGGGGAAGCUAAAUGCUGUGCUAGCUCUUGUGGUCGAACCUGUUCCAGGCCUAUCAAAGCCAAGCCCGGUCGAUGUCCUGCUGUGGCCGAGGUCUGCCCCGAGGAUAGGGCCCGGAUCCACACCUGUCGCAGAGAUGAUCAUUGCAACAGAGGCAGAAAGUGCUGUUCUUCUGGCUGUGGUCGGAGGUGUAUGGAGCCUUUCCCAGAGGAGCAUGAAGCAGUAACCAGAAGCUUUCGUCGAGAGGAAAGCACCGUAUUAGCCCUCUAAGGACUGAACCAAGACAAUGGACAGCCCAUUGGUCUGCUCCUGGAAGUCCAGAUAUCUUUUUU